AUGGCAGCCUUUGCGCACUGGAGCUGCCGCGCACGCACCAUUCAAGGCCGCCGUGUGCUUGCAACAUCGGUCAUCCUGUCCACACUCUGGUACAUGACGGCCGUCACGGUGAUCCCGGCGGUGUACGUCAAGGUGUGGCAGCGCAUGCUCAACAACUACGUGGUCGGUGCCAAGACUUCGAUCACGGACAAAUACCAGCCGCCCAUUCACAAGAUGUGGCUCCAUGAUCGACAACUCGGUCUCGGCGUCCCGUGCAUCGCAUCGACCAUUCGCGGUCAGCGUUUGCGUUUACUCCAACGCUUGAUGGCCGCGACGACAUCGAACGAACCACGCGUAUGGUCGUCGCUCGUCCUUGCGCAGUUUGAGUCCUGCAUGCAGACGGCAUGGCGCACGACACAACCGUUCGACUUUCUCUGCUACACGCCCCAGAUCGCGUCCGCUUGGCUGAACCUGGACGCGCUUCAUCCGUUGUGGCUCGACGUGUGGCGUGCUUGGUCACACGUGCCCAUGAAGGAUCGGAUGCCGCUCCUUCCCGACUUGCCUACGACGCUCAGCAUGCCAUUGUGGCUGACGACGUACCAUGAAUUCGUCCAGCCGUCGAACAAGACCGUCUCGUCGCUGGCCUCUGGAUCAACACCGGCGCGUCUAUGGUGUCAACUCGGCGUCAGCAAUGGUCUUCGCUGCCUGCGUGACUUUAUGCACGCCAACGUGCCGGGCUACUGGCCCGACUUUCGGGCGUUCCACAACAUCAUGUCCUCUGGCUACCGUGGCGCAACAGUAUCGCUCCAGCACGGUCAGAUCUGCUUCGACACGGUACCGUACACAAAGUCGGUGUACGACCAUCUGACACAAGUCUACGACGCCGUUCGAACUCGUUUGAGCAUUCGGCGUGACGUGUCCCUGACCAGUGUUCCUACCGCGGCACAUCCGUUCCGAGCCGUGAUCAAGAACCAGCUACUGCUGUUCGAGCGGUGGCCGCGUGGCAUUGUUGCCGCCAUGGCCCAGCACAGCCCGAUCCCAACCGCGCCGCACCCAACGCACACACCCGAGCGACCGGGCCACGACGCCGCCAAGACGUACACGCGCCUCCUGAAGCGAUGUCUCCGUUGGACGACACCCGUCCACUGCGACGUAUGGUUCCGGGCUACUCUCAUAAUGUUGCCAGUCAACUCACGGUACAAGCACCGACCCGAUGUCGAUCGAGCGGUCCUGCAGUGUUCGCACGGGUGUUCGGCCGACGAGACCAUCGAGCCCGCCUUGCACGCGUGUCCGAAGGCAUCGGCGCUCUGGACACUCCAUCAAACCGCCUGGUCAUGCUUCGGAAUCGGCUUCAGCUGGCUCUGCAUCACGAACAUCGACGGAUUCACGACCAACGGUCGUGGCGCACCGCACAUGUCGGCGCUGUUCUGA